GGGUGAGGCCUCAUUGUCAGUAGGGAUAGAUUAUCCACUCUUUCCGGGGCACUCGAGAACAGAAGGUCCAGUGUCGUGUGAACGGUGAAGACAGACUGACAGCAAGUCUGGGCCUGCAACGAGUGCGGGGAGAUUCCGGGGAAGGCGGCCACGGCCUUCCGCAACUCCGCAUGUGGCCGUUCCUAUCCACCAUCCACGCCUAUAAGUCACCCUCUCCACUUCCCUUUAGCUUCUCCUCGACGUCAACAGUUCUCCGACGCUCCAAUUCCUCGCUUUUAUGCCCCGAGGACAAUAGCCGACUCUGAACCUGAAUUGGCACUCGCGCAGUCUGCCUUGGGAGUUAAACUACAUAUAUUUCCGUCCCUCGUGGUCCACCAUGCCUUCACAAGUGGCAACAUGUCUGCGCUUCGCGCGGCAGUUUGCUGCCGAACCUAGCAAGCACCAACGGUUCCUUGCCCGUGCUUUCUCUAAUAGCGUGCGUCGACCCGAAAUCAACAAGGUCGUGUCCUCCGCAGAUCUCGCAAUCAAGGAUAUGAAAUCGAACUCGACACUCUUGGCGGGUGGGUUUGGUCUUUCCGGUGUACCGGACACGCUGAUCAAUGCGGUGCGCGCAAACUCAUCCAUUACGGGCUUGACGGUCGUCAGCAACAACGCGGGUGUCGACGGAGCAGGUCUCGGUCUACUUCUUCAGUCUAAACAAAUCAAGAAAAUGAUCGCUAGUUAUGUGGGAGAGAAUAAGACCUUCGAGCGCAUGUACUUGACUGGAGAGAUCGAGCUCGAGUUGACUCCCCAGGGUACCUUGGCUGAGCGUUGUCGGGCCGGCGGUGCGGGCAUCCCGGCUUUCUUUACGCCUGCCGCCUGUGGAACGGUCGUGCAGACGGGCGAGCUGCCUUUGAAGCAUAAUGCAGAUGGGACUGUUGCUCUUUACAGCGAGCCGCGUGAUGUUAAGGUCUUUGAUAAAAAGAGCUAUGUCAUGGAGGAAGCCAUCAAGGGUGACUAUGCCUUUGUCAAGGCCUGGAAGGCCGAUAAGCUGGGCAAUUGCCAGUUCCGGUACUCUGCGGCCAACUUCAACGGUGCUAUGGGUCGCAAUGCUAAGAUGACCAUCGUUGAGGCGGAGCAUAUUGUUGAACCGGGUGAGAUUGAGCCCGCUGCUAUCCACUUGCCAGGUAUCUAUGUCAAGCGGGUGAUCCAGAGCACGACCCCGAAGAACAUUGAGAAGUUCACCUUCGCAGAGGAAGAGGGUGAGGAGGCAGCUGCUCUGGGCAAGGGUGAUACUGCCGCCAAGCGCGAGCGUAUCGUUCGCCGUGCGGCCAAGGAGUUCAAGAACGGGAUGUAUGCGAACCUGGGCAUUGGCAUGCCUAUGUUGGCGCCCAACUUUGUCGACCCCUCCGUGGAAGUCAUGCUACAGUCUGAGAACGGUAUCCUGGGCCUUGGCCCCUACCCUAAGAAGGGUCAAGAGGAUGCCGAUCUCAUCAAUGCCGGCAAGGAGACGGUUACGCUGCUGCCUGGUGCUGCUUGCUUUGGUAGUGAUGAGUCCUUUGGUAUGAUCCGUUCGGGACGUAUCGAUCUUACUAUUUUGGGAGCGAUGCAAGUCAGUGCUCGGGGUGACUUGGCCAACUGGAUGCUGCCCGGCAAGAUCAAGGGCUUUGGUGGAGCCAUGGACCUCGUCUCGAACCCUUCUGCCACCAAGGUGGUGGUGACGAUGGAGCACACAGAUAAGAAGGGCAACCCCAAGAUCGUGAAGCAGUGCGAGUUCCCCUUGACCGGCAAGACGUGCGUCAGCCGUAUCAUCACCGAGCUCUGCGUGUUUGACGUCGACUUUACCGACGGCCUGACGCUGGUUGAGCUGGCCGAUGGAGUGACCGUGGACGAGGUGAAGAGCAAGACAGAGGCGCCGUUCAAGGUUGCCGACGACGUCAAGCCCAUGCUGUGAUGUGGGCAGUGACUUGCCUUGUUUCUUUUGUUGAUAUUAAACUAUAUGAUCCCAACUCUUUGUAUAUUCCGAGCGUGUCAUUGGACAAAUGAUAUCCCCAAACAAACAGAUAUAUGCCUUGAGGCCCCAUCUGAGAACACAUAAUUGAACAAAUACCAAUUUCGCCUG